AUGGAUAAUGACGCUGUUGACACAACAAGUAUUAGAGAAGGUAUCUUAUUUUAUCAAGAUGCGGAUGGUAACACAGGUUAUUAUUGGGAUUCUGAAGUUGGAAUAUGUGCUCCAUCAUUAAUACCAACUGAAUCUGAAUUAUGGAAAGAUCAAGAAAUAUCAGGUGAUACUCCAGAUAUUGACGCAAUAAAUUAUCAAAGAAUUGCUCAAAGAAUGAAUCAAAAUCGUAAAGAAAAUAAUAAUUUUUCUCAAAAUGAAAAAUUUAAUAAGAACAUUAUUGAUAAUUUAUCUUCGUCAUCUCAAAAUGAUCAUUUUGUUGAACCCACGACUGAAUCGUUAAUUGAACCUGUGGAAAGAAUGUCACUAUAUCCAACCAUAAUUCCGCAAAGCCCCUCUUCACUCGUUGAACCUGUUCAGAAUUUAUCUUUGAAUGAUCCCUCUUCAUUAAAUGAUUCUUCAUUAAAUAAUCAAGAUCAUGAUGAUAACAGCAAUUUUAAUUUUUAUCGUCAAGAAUCGUAUUUAUUAACAGAUUUUUUCUCCGAUUACGAAUCUUUCGAAGACGAUCGAGGUGAUUUAGGUAGUGAAAAUGAUGAAAAUAAUAAGUUUGGUGGAAAUAAUAAUAAGUUUGGUGGAAAUAAUGAUAAGUUUGGUGAAAAUAAUGAUAAGUUUGGUGAAAAUAAUAAUAAGUUUGGUGAAAAUAAUAAUAAGUUUGGUGAAAAUAAUAAGUUUGGUGAUAGUUCAAAUGAUUUCAAUGAUAUCACAAUGGGUGAAAGAAAUAUUGAUUUUGAACCACCAUCACCGACGUCUACACGUGAUCCAGAAAGUAAUUGUCCGACAUUAAGUCAAUCAGAGUCUGAAGCAAUUGCUUGGGAAUAUUUGCAACAUUUUGUAGGUCGUGAAUUUCAAGAUGAAUCUGGAUUGGAUUAUGGUGAAAGAUCUCGUGGAAGAAUUUGGGACGAUGAAGAAGGAAUGGAUCCAUCAGAAAAUCAUUAA